CGGCCAAGGGGCGGGGCAGGCCGGGAGGAGCCGCGCUCCCGAGCGGGAGGGAGAUCCGCCGUGGAGUUACGGGAAAGUUGGUCUGAGUUCCCGGAGUUUUUCUCUGUGGUUCCUUGGGCUCGCUCGGCCGGCUCCUUUCCUGCCUCUGGCCUUCGCUUGUCCAGCAGGUCCCUCUUUCUGCCCCCGGCCGCCAUGGAGCAGCCGCCGGCGCCCAAGAGUAAACUAAAAAAGCUGAGUGAAGACAGUUUGACUAAGCAACCUGAAGAAGUUUUUGAUGUAUUAGAGAAACUUGGAGAAGGGUCUUAUGGAAGUGUAUUUAAAGCAAUUCAUAAGGAAUCUGGACAAGUUGUUGCAAUUAAACAAGUACCUGUGGAGUCUGACCUUCAGGAAAUAAUUAAAGAAAUUUCCAUAAUGCAGCAGUGUGACAGCCCGUAUGUUGUAAAGUACUAUGGCAGUUACUUUAAGAACACGGAUCUGUGGAUUGUUAUGGAGUACUGCGGAGCUGGCUCUGUUUCAGACAUUAUUAGAUUACGAAAUAAGACAUUAACAGAAGAUGAAAUUGCAACUAUUCUUAAGUCUACAUUGAAAGGACUAGAAUAUUUGCAUUUUAUGAGAAAAAUUCACAGAGAUAUAAAAGCUGGAAAUAUUCUCCUCAAUACAGAAGGACACGCAAAACUGGCAGAUUUUGGAGUAGCUGGUCAGUUAACAGAUACAAUGGCAAAACGCAAUACUGUAAUAGGAACUCCAUUUUGGAUGGCUCCUGAGGUAAUUCAAGAAAUAGGCUAUAAUUGUGUGGCUGACAUCUGGUCCCUUGGCAUUACUUCCAUCGAAAUGGCUGAAGGAAAACCACCUUAUGCAGAUAUACAUCCAAUGAGGGCUAUUUUUAUGAUUCCAACGAACCCACCACCAACAUUCAGGAAGCCAGAGCUGUGGUCUGAUGACUUCACUGAUUUUGUUAAGAAGUGCUUAGUGAAGAAUCCAGAACAGAGAGCUACUGCAACGCAACUUUUACAGCAUCCUUUUAUUAAGAAUGCAAAGCCAGUGUCAAUAUUAAGAGACCUGAUUACAGAAGCCAUGGAGAUCAAAGCUAAGAGACACGAGGAACAACAGCGAGAACUGGAAGAGGAAGAAGAAAAUUCGGAUGAAGAUGAGCUAGAUUCGCACACCAUGGUAAAGACCAGCUCAGAAAGCGUGGGCACAAUGCGGGCCACGAGCACCAUGAGUGAGGGAGCCCAGACCAUGAUUGAGCACAACAGCACGAUGCUGGAGUCUGACCUGGGCACCAUGGUCAUAAAUAGUGAGGAUGAGGAAGAAGAAAAUGGAACUAUGAAAAGAAAUGCAACUUCACCACAAGCACAAAGACCAUCAUUCAUGGACUACUUUGAUAAGCAGGACUUCAAGAACAAGAGUCAUGAAAACUGUAAUCAGAACAUGCAUGAGCCUUUCCCCAUGUCCAAAAACGUUUUUCCUGAUAACUGGAAAGUCCCUCAAGAUGGAGACUUUGACUUCUUAAAAAAUCUGAGUUUGGAAGAGCUGCAGAUGCGGUUAAAAGCGCUGGACCCCAUGAUGGAACGCGAGAUCGAAGAGCUUCGUCAGCGAUACACUGCCAAGAGGCAGCCCAUUUUGGAUGCCAUGGAUGCCAAGAAGAGAAGGCAGCAAAACUUCUGAGCCCAAGUUUUCCCUCUGUUCUCAUCACUAUUCUGGAGACCAAGAAACCACUAAGAAUGGAAGGAAUAUUGUGAUUUUGUGUUUCUAAAUCCCUUAGACGUAUGUUCUGGAGGCUAAGGCCAAAAUCUGAUGAUGGUACCUACUAGGUAAAUCCCCUAAAGGCAGGCUCUCUGUAUCUAAUGUGUUUUCAUCUUUAAGUGAUCAAGAACCACAGAAGUGUGUUCUUCUCUUUCCCUAUCAGCUGCUUACCAGCACUAAAACCAUGGCAGAGAACAAAGGCCAUGUUUGGAGACCUUUAAAAUCCAAAGCCAUUCUUUGAUUGUACGACACUGAAGGGCUUUAUGUUACAAUACUCUUUAUUCCUAUCCAGUAGCUAUUUAUUAUUAUAUCCCAUUAGGUAAACUUAUUUAUUUAUGCUGUU